GAUUUUCGGAUUCUUGGAGAUGUCGGUCGUCUAAAGGCAUCGGUGGAUGGUCUAUGUUCCGAACCUCCUGCGGUCUCUCCCUGCCAUCCUCGGAAAAAUGACUCCAGCGAGACGAAGCUCGCCGGUCUCGUCUGUGUGGCGCUGCUUGGGAUGUCGGUCGCCACGUGGUGCGUUUGGAAGCGACGCGCGAAGAAAGAGGCGACCUUGCCACCACUCGUGAGCCUGUCGCGACGGCAAGUGGCCCAAUAGUGGCUGGAUGGUCUGUUUUGGAAGGCCGUGUUGAUCGCGGCUCAGGAAGCGGAGGAGAAGUGGGGCACAUCCAUCUUCCGCAUCCGUGGCGCGGGAUUUUUCGAUUCCCCCAGCGUCUACUGCACGGAUCUCUCUUAUGUAGAGAUGCUCAUGGGGCCCAAGGGCCUGGAAAAGAGCGAAUUGUAUGACCGCCCUAAAGAUGCAUGAGAGCUACAAUGAGAUCCGCAAGCCUAUUAUGAACUUCUUCUCCCUCUCAAACAUUGCCAAACGUUUAGAUUGCUGCCAAGGCAAGUUAGAGGAGUUCCUCAACAUUGGGACGAUGCGGCCGAACAGCAAAGGACUAUAGAGGUGGGCCAUUCGCUUUGCGAGCUGACCAUGGAUUUGCUUGGCCUUGUUGGUUUCCUGCAGCCCUCACUGGGUUAACCCUUUCCCCUUGGACAGCUAGUCUCCUACAGAUCUAAGCUGACACGGUUUUCAGAGGUUGUUUGCUUGUGUGUUGGUUUUCUGGGGCAUUGAAGUUGAAUGUGACCUGUCCGACAUGUGCUGAAGCUGGCGUGACCAGUUUUUUUUGCCAAGCCACCAGUGCCUUUCACUCAAACCAAGGCCUGUUUCAAUUACGGUUUCCAAGGUGACAAUCCAGGAGUUCGCAUGAUUCACGCUGUGCCCUUUUUUGAUGGAAGAGACUGGCAACAAGCAACGCUUUAUCCCUUUCCGGAAGCAUCUGACAUUUCUGCCCGGCGUCAAACGGUCCAAGCAGGUGAUGAAGGACAACCUGCAAUUUGGCAAAGAUCUCCUUCCUUUCGCAUCGUCGCGAAGAGAUGGCAGGAAGAGAUUCUGUCCAUCAAAGCUCUUCCGGAGUUUUGUUGCUUGAUACAUUCUUCAAGUCCCCCUAUGAGUCGGAGGAGGCGCGUGCGGCAGAUGUGGUCUUCUUCCUUCUUGCAGGACAUGAGACGGCAUGAGACGGUCGGGUACCAGCUCUCAUGGUGUAUCUGUUGCCUGAUUCAGUUGCCCGAAUGCCUCCGCAAGGUCCAGGAGGAGGUCGAUCAAGUGAUGGGCGCCGCCCGGAUCCCCGCAGCGCGAUGCUGAAAGACCUCCGUUACACGCUCUUAUGACUCUUAUGUUUCAUGGAGUCCUUGCGCUUAUGGCCGGUCGUCCCCGAAGGCAGCGGCCGGACGGUCAGCUCGCCACCGAGCAUGGGGCCCUAUGAGAUUCCACCCGGGACUGAGAUUAUGAUCUCGAACAUUGGUGCGUUAAGGUCCAAGCAAUGGGGAGUUGAUAGUGAAAUCUUCUCUCCUGAGUGUUGGUUGGACAACAGUGAGAAGCCUCAAGAGCUUCGCAAAGCCUUCACGGGAUUCAGCUAUGCACAUCGGACCUGUGCUGGUCGCACCUUGGCGGAGCAGGAGGCGAAGAUCGUUCUUGCCACCAUCGUCCGGAACUUCGAGUUCCUCCCCAUCCACCUGCCACCCAUCGGUGAAGAGAUGCUCUACCACGUCACUGCCAGGCCUCGUGGUGGUUUGUCCGUCCAGCUCAGGCGGAGAGAACGUGAACGCCACCAGCCAAGAGCCCACGGCUUUUAACAUCUUUUAACGCUUGGUGGGUUUCCAGCCAAGCUGCUUUUGAUACAAUGAUUUUUGCCCUUGAACCAUUGCAAAAUGCCAAAAUUUAUGUUGUUUAUACGUGGUACGUAUGUUUUCUGAGAGUUUCAGAGAUCGGUGCUUCGCUCUUGCCUCAUUGGAAUGCCGAUUCGGAUGAAGCGACGAAAGCCCUCGGCUCAAAGCAG